AUGUCUUCAAGACCGACAGUCGGCAUCAUUGGCGGCGAUGGCAAGUCCAACGGCAAGACACACACCCUGCCCGCCGUCUUUGGCGUCGCCAUCCGCCCAGAUAUUGUGCAGACUGUACACACCGGCAUGGCGAAGAACAAGAGACAGCCAUACGCUGUGAGCGAGAAGGCCGGCGAGCAGACCUCUGCUGAGUCGUGGGGUACCGGUCGCGCUGUUGCACGUAUUCCUCGUGUCUCUGGAGGUGGUACUCACCGCGCUGGUCAAGCUGCGUUCGGUAACCAGUGCCGCUCGGGUCGCAUGUUCGCUCCUACCAAGGUCUGGAGGAAGUGGCACCAGAAGAUCAACCAGAACCAGAAGCGCUUCGCUACUGCUUCUGCGAUCGCUGCCAGCGCAGUUCCCGCUCUCCUUCUCGCCCGUGGCCACCGCAUCAACACCGUCUCCGAAGUUCCCCUCGUCAUCUCCUCAACAGUCUUCGAGGGUGCUGCGCUUGUCAAGACAAAGCUUGCCGCUGAGCUGCUGAAGGCUGUCGGCGCAGGUCCAGAUAUCGUCAAGGUCCAAAAGUCACGAAAGCUGCGUGCUGGUAAGGGCAAACUCCGAGGCCGCCGUCACCGUCAGAGACGUGGUCCUCUGGUCGUCUACAACCCCGAGACCGACGGCACCCACCUCGUCAAGGCUUUCCGCAACAUCCCUGGUGUCGAGACUUCAUCUGUCUUCGCCCUCAACCUCCUUCAGCUCGCUCCCGGUGGCCACCUCGGUCGAUUUGUCAUCUGGACCUCGAACGCAUUCGCUGCUCUGGACGACAUCUACGGCUCAACUACUGAGGCCUCAGCGCUCAAGAAAGACUUCCUCCUUCCCCAGAAUCUAGUCUCCAACCCCGAUAUUACACGUCUCAUCAACAGCACCGAGAUUCAGUCUGUGCUCAAGGAGCCCAGAGGCUACGCCACCACCAAGCGCACUGGUGUGCAGAAGAAGAAUCCUCUCCGCAACCGACAGGUCAUGCUGCGUCUCAAUCCUUAUGCUGCUCAGUUUUCGAAGGACAAGCUUGGUCAGCAGAAGCUGAAGGAUGAGGGCAAGCCGAAGGCUCUUGCUGAGGUGUUCACCGAGACCAUUCACACCAACUAG